AUGUACCCAGAGUCUCUCAGGGAUCAGUCGCUAAAUCUACCAACUCUCCCAAGAGGUGUUUCACUCUUGCGCAUUUACAAGCAUUUCCUGCUUUAUAUGUUCAAACAUACUCAGUCACACUUUCAAUCCAAGAUUCCUAAUGGGUCGGCCAUCUGGAACCGACUCAGAAGCAAUAUGGAGUUUGUCUUCGCCAUUCCAAUCAACUGGGACUACACCCAACAGCAAAUAAUGUGUCAAGCUGCCAUCGAUGCUGGCUUAUUUCCGUCACACAAGGCAGAGGCAUCGCUUCAUUUCGUGACGGGGGAAGAAGCGUCUGUGCAUUUUAUCUCUGCCCACAGUUCCGUGCGUCACUGGCUGCGCGUUGGCUCAACAUUUGGGUUGAUUAAUGCUGGUGGAUCAAAUACGAGCAGCACUCUCUACACAUGCAUGGCUAGGUCUCCAAAUGUAGUUUUGCAACAAAUCGGUGCGAGUCAAUUUGUUCAGGUUGGAGGUGCCGGGGUCGACUCCCGUUUCCAACAGAUUAUAAGAGCCAAGCUUGCAACUUCCCGAUUCGGAGACGAAGAGACUAUCAGAGACAUCGUCGAUGCGUUUGAGAAAAAGACGAAACGUUUAUUUGACGGAACCAACACCACCAGCGUGAUCAAGUUUGGUGGCAUACGUGAUAUGGAUAAGGCUGUUGGAAUCUUCAAGGGCCAACUGACUCUCAACAAACAAGAAAUUCUUGCAGCCUUUGAUCCAGUGGUGGGAGAUAUUGUUGGCAGUAUCCGCCGCCUGAUGGAAGGUCAUCACCCACAGUAUCUUCUUCUGAUGGGUUGUUUCGGAGAGUCACCCUACCUCAGAGCGCGACUGCAUCAAUUCUUCGGUAGCGGAAACGUUGAAAUUGUUACGGCAGAAGAGCCAACGGAAAAAGCGAUUGCUGAGGGAUCGCUCAUUUGGUACCUCGAGAAUUUGGAACUCAUAGGAGUUCGCCAAGAAAUGUACGAAAUGGACGUGAGACCAUUCGCAUUAUGCGCUGCAGCCGGCCUUUUUGACCAUGCAGGGAGAAGAGCGUCCAGUUCUCCUCUAUACAAUCACCGUGGUACAUGGGGAAUAGAGGCCGCGAGAGAGCCUUCGGUGAUGCUGGGUAUUCGGAUGAGUAUGAAUCUCAUGGGCGGUAACUCUCGACCCCCCAACUGGAGAUCCUCGCCCUUUUACCGCGUCGAACAAGCGAUCGUGAUAAGUGGAUGUCAAGAAUUCAUCCAUCCGACCGCAAGGCACUCCGGCAUAUUCACUUUCUAUAUUACCUUUGAGCAGCUGAGAAUGCUUAGCAGUACCACCAAAAAGUAUCAGUUGCGACUUUACUGUACAACCUCACAGUACUACAUCCCUGGCGACCCAGUGGCCACCACUCCCGUUUGUCCUAUAGAGUUUCCUCCUCUUUGCCAAGUGAAGGUCAACAACCAGGUCGUCCAGGGAACCUUCACCAUGUUCGGGAAGAAAGAUGGAAUGGUACUACCGGUAGAUAUCACCAAACAGAGUCGCAUCACGAUUGGACACAAAAAUCAAGUGGACUUGGAAUUUGGGAACAGUGACAAGCGGCGACCACAUUCGCAGAAGUAUUAUUUGAUGAUCAACCUCGUCGAAGUUUUUUCGGUGGAGACAUUAGUCAAGCAGCUUAAGAAACGCGUCCAGUCACGAGAGAGUGUCAUUUCUCAAAUGAAAGCAACUCAGCCAAGCGACGAUGAUCUCCAGGUGGGAGCGACAAGAUUUCCCUUCGUGACCCAAUACAUGCAAGAAAUCCUGGCAACCGUAGACGAGGGGGUCGAGCACGUCGUGGUCGAGGCGGAUGGCGAAUGGCACACUGAGGACAACAGGUUUGGCUCCGUAAAAUGGAAGGAUAAACACAAGGCUUCGUCAAACGUUAUCGAGAUACUCGAUUCUUCGGACUCCGAAAGGGAACAAAUCCCACACCAGCACCCACCAUUUAACCCUCUUGUACCGGGCCGUGGGCGACCGACCUCUACCCCGUCGCCACCAUGUCUGAUCGACUUAACGCUCAGUGACUCGGGAGAUGAAGGACCACAGCGAGGUAUUCCUCCUAUACCAGCGUUUACGGUGAUGGCUUCAACCAUGUUUCGUGACUUUAUGCAUUGGAAUAAUCAAACGACUUAUUAA